UAGUAGACCCACCCAAUCAUCGGGCGGUCCUCACCUGCCCCACCCCAAGGUCCCUUCCUCCGGCCAAUCCGCGCGCCCCAUCCCUCUGCCCGCCUAGCCAACCCGGGGCCUUGAAACCCGCGGGCGAAUGGGCGCAGGGCGGCCCUUCAACGCUAGCCGACUGGCCAAUUGGGGAUUCCGCGUGGCCACGGCCGCAACCAAUCGCUGUGGAGCGCGGUGCAGCCGCGGAGAGGUCCGGCCCGAAUAUCCCUCCGCCUUCCUCCCGCCCUCUCUCUCCCCGCCUGCGAGCCGCCGCUCACUUACUGCCUCCCUUCUUUCUCCCUCCGCCGCCCGAGCACCAGUCGCGCUCCUAGCUGCCCCCGGGGUCCCUCCCCCGCCGCCAGAGAAGCAGCCGCCGCGCCGCCAGCAGCAGCUCAAGAGGGCGGAAGACAGAGGAGAGAGGAGGGGAGCCCGAGCGCCCGCCCCGAGGGAGCCGGUGAAUGGGCUUGUGGUGACCCCCGCCCCCCACCCCGCCCUCCCUUCCCACCCGACCCCCAACCCCCACCCCCAGUCGGAGCCGCCGCCGGGAGAGGCCGGGCCGCUGUCCAGGGAGGAGCCGCGUCGCCACCUCCGCCAUGGAGCUGAUCACCAUUCUCGAGAAGACCGUGUCUCCGGAUCGGCUGGAGCUGGAGGCGGCGCAGAAGUUCCUGGAGCGCGCAGCGGUGGAGAACCUGCCCACUUUUCUUGUGGAACUGUCCAGAGUGCUGGCAAAUCCAGGAAACAGCCAGGUUGCCAGAGUCGCAGCUGGUCUACAAAUCAAGAACUCUUUGACAUCGAAAGACCCAGACAUCAAGGCACAGUAUCAGCAGAGGUGGCUUGCUAUUGAUGCUAACGCUCGACGGGAAGUCAAGAACUAUGUUUUACAGACCUUGGGCACAGAAACUUACCGGCCUAGCUCUGCCUCGCAGUGUGUGGCUGGUAUCGCUUGUGCAGAGAUCCCAGUAAACCAGUGGCCAGAACUCAUUCCUCAGCUGGUGGCCAAUGUCACGAACCCCAACAGCACAGAGCACAUGAAAGAAUCAACGUUGGAAGCUAUUGGUUACAUUUGCCAAGAUAUAGAACCAGAGCAGCUACAGGAUAAAUCCAAUGAGAUUCUGACUGCCAUAAUCCAGGGGAUGAGGAAAGAAGAGCCGAGCAAUAAUGUGAAGCUAGCUGCUACUAAUGCACUCCUGAACUCGCUGGAGUUCACCAAAGCCAACUUCGACAAAGAGUCUGAAAGGCACUUUAUUAUGCAGGUGGUCUGUGAAGCCACCCAGUGUCCAGAUACAAGGGUACGAGUGGCUGCUUUACAGAAUCUGGUCAAGAUAAUGUCCUUGUAUUAUCAGUACAUGGAGACAUACAUGGGUCCUGCUCUUUUUGCAAUCACAAUUGAAGCAAUGAAAAGCGAUAUAGAUGAGGUGGCCCUACAAGGAAUAGAGUUCUGGUCCAAUGUCUGCGACGAGGAGAUGGAUUUAGCCAUUGAGGCUUCUGAGGCAGCAGAUCAAGGACGGCCCCCUGAGCACACCAGCAAGUUUUAUGCCAAGGGAGCACUACAGUACCUGGUUCCCAUCCUCACACAGACACUAACUAAACAGGAUGAAAAUGAUGAUGACGACGACUGGAACCCCUGCAAGGCAGCCGGCGUGUGCCUCAUGCUCCUGUCCACUUGCUGUGAGGAUGACAUCGUGCCGCACGUCCUCCCCUUCAUCAAGGAGCACAUCAAGAACCCAGACUGGCGCUACCGGGAUGCCGCAGUGAUGGCUUUCGGCAGCAUCUUGGAAGGCCCGGAGCCCACUCAGCUCAAACCACUAGUUAUACAGGCUAUGCCCACCCUAAUAGAAUUAAUGAAAGACCCCAGCGUGGUCGUCCGAGACACAACUGCGUGGACGGUGGGCAGAAUUUGCGAGCUGCUCCCUGAAGCCGCUAUUAACGACGUCUACUUGGCGCCCCUGCUGCAGUGUCUGAUUGAGGGGCUCAGUGCCGAGCCCCGGGUGGCUUCCAACGUGUGCUGGGCUUUCUCCAGUUUGGCUGAAGCUGCUUAUGAAGCUGCUGAUGUAGCUGAUGAUCAAGAAGAACCAGCCACCUAUUGCUUGUCGUCUUCAUUUGAACUCAUAGUUCAGAAGCUCCUGGAGACCACAGACAGACCCGACGGACACCAGAACAACCUGAGGAGUUCUGCGUAUGAGUCGCUCAUGGAAAUUGUGAAGAACAGUGCCAAGGACUGCUACCCUGCAGUCCAGAAAACGACUCUGGUCAUCAUGGAGCGGCUGCAGCAGGUGCUUCAGAUGGAGUCACAUAUCCAGAGUACAUCUGACAGGAUCCAGUUUAAUGACCUUCAGUCUUUACUCUGUGCAACGCUUCAGAAUGUUCUGCGGAAGGUACAGCACCAGGAUGCCCUGCAGAUUUCCGACGUGGUCAUGGCCUCCCUCCUGAGGAUGUUCCAGAGCACCGCUGGCUCCGGGGGUGUGCAAGAGGAUGCCCUGAUGGCCGUCAGCACGCUGGUGGAAGUCUUGGGUGGUGAAUUCCUUAAGUAUAUGGAUGCCUUUAAACCCUUCCUGGGCAUUGGAUUGAAGAAUUAUGCCGAGUACCAGGUUUGUUUGGCAGCUGUGGGCUUGGUGGGAGACCUGUGUCGGGCUCUCCAGUCCAACAUCUUACCUUUCUGUGACGAGGUGAUGCAGCUGCUACUGGAAAACUUGGGGAAUGAGAAUGUCCACAGGUCUGUGAAGCCGCAGAUUCUGUCGGUGUUUGGUGAUAUUGCCCUUGCGAUCGGUGGAGAGUUUAAAAAAUACCUAGAGGUUGUGUUGAAUACUCUGCAGCAGGCCUCCCAAGCCCAGGUGGACAAGUCGGACUAUGACAUGGUGGAUUAUCUCAACGAGCUCAGAGAAGGCUGCUUGGAAGCUUACACCGGCAUUGUGCAGGGACUGAAGGGAGACCAGGAGAAUGUGCACCCGGAUGUGAUGCUGGUACAGCCAAGAGUAGAAUUUAUUCUAUCUUUCAUUGACCACAUUGCUGGAGACGAGGAUCACACAGAUGGAGUAGUAGCCUGCGCUGCUGGCCUCAUAGGGGACUUAUGUACCGCGUUCGGGAAGGAUGUACUGAAAUUAGUAGAAGCUAGGCCAAUGAUCCAUGAACUGUUAACUGAAGGACGGAGAUCGAAGACUAACAAAGCGAAAACCCUUGCGACAUGGGCAACUAAAGAACUGAGGAAACUGAAGAACCAAGCUUGAUCUGGUACCAUUGGGAUGAUAACCUGAGACCCCCACUGGAAAUCUCCAAUCUUUUGAAAAACCCGGAAGUGAGGAGUGUGCACGGAUGCUGAGUGUUUGGGAGUGAGAGGAUGAGUGAGUGAGGCUUGAAAACACACCACAUUGAAAAUCCUGCCGCAGCAGCCGCCGCAGCAGCCACCAGCAGCGCUGUUAGUGAGCUAAGUAAGCACUGACUUCUAGGAAACCCCGACGUCGGCCGUCUUGGAGGAGAGGAGCGAUGGAUCUGCUGGCUUGUUAAAGCUGUCUCUUCCCAGGGGAGGCUAGGACUAGCUUUUCUGUCUUGUGGCCGGUGCCGAGUGGAGUGGCUGGUUUGGGAGAAAAGGAGGGACUGGGCUCAGCUGUGGUGCUGUGUUGUAAAGGCAGCCUGGCCUGUGCUACUGAGGAGAAAGCGAGCCUGGGUCGAAAGCCCGCCUUCGCUGUCCCUUUGCUACGCGGUCCUGUCGCGUGCCUGGCAGGAGGCGGAGGGCGAGGGGCUUUGCGGUCUGAGAAUGAGUGUGUGUGAGUGCAGCGGUAUCCACAUUCUCAACUUCAAGUCAUUGCAGUUUCUUUUCCCCAGAAAACAAGGGUUAGAUGUUGCAUUUCAUAAACUAACCGAAGUUCUGUCUACUGAUGCAGCACAAGAGAUGUUUAAAAAGAAAAAGGAAAGACGCUCUUUAGGUUUGGGUUUUGUUUUUUUUUUUUUUUUUUUUUUUUUUUAAUUAUUCUAGGGGAAACACUGACCAAGGGUCAGAACUCCUAUCUGGUCUCUCCCUUAAGGCGCCUUUCCUGAUAAUAUGGCUCAACUGUGAAUGUAGAAGGGGGGAGGGGGGAGAAAGAGAACUCGAGUUAGAGGAUAGAGAAAAAUAAACAUGCAGACUUCAAAGACAGAAAAGCCACAGCCCAAACCAAAUUUUAAAUGUGCAAAAUUGGCAGCACAAAAUCAGAGCUCUCUCCUGGCUUGUAUUGUGGCAGUCUGAAUGCCCCCCAGAACAAUUGUGCCAAAGACUUUAGCAGACAGAUACACAAUAAAAGUAAAUAGACACACAGAGCAGCCAACUUCAGGUAACUAUUUUGGAUUGCAAAUGAGGAUAAAUUUAAUGUGCAAACAAUCUGAUAAAAUAACCAUUUGGAAACUGCUUGGCCUUCUGUUCUCUUAUUUGAUUGACUACAAUGUGGUAUUGGUCUCUUGCUGCACUUUCAAAACCAACUAACCAACAAAACAAAAAGCAGAGCAAGGAGAACGUGUGCUUGUCUACACACGCUGACUAGAACUCUUUGCAAUGAAAUGGCGCUUGAAAAGGGUUCUGUUUUUCCACUGAAGUUGAAGAUUAAUAAAAUGGUGUCAAACAUUCCCCUACUCACACGCUUUAGUACUUUUGUAAAAGUGUGAUGUGCUGUGAUGAUCAUAAAUCAGACCAUUUCCCUUUUACAAGGGGAGCAGGGCACCCUGAAUUCUAGAAUCUCAGCAAUAAGAAGGGAUGGCAGUGAGCUUUGGUCCCCUUUGCGUUUUGCAGAUACGAGGAGUUUUUUGCGUCUUGAAUAUGCUGCCUCAGAAAACACCAAGGAGGUUUUCAGUGGCUUCCUGGUUAAUUGGAGGGUUGAAAACAGGACCUCAUUCCCACUUUGGUCCCCAUCGUAGCGAGAAGUACAGGCUUGUGUUUUUCUCCAUCUCUUGCUUGUGUCAUCCCUCCCCACCCAGGCCUUUGUUCCUACGUGGGACUGGCUCGGCCUGGCUCACCCACACAGCUGCGUCUAAUAGCUCUUGUACAGGGUAUCAGAUAUUGUGCCUUUUGGUGCCAGGUUCAAAGUCAAGUGCCGAUCUAUGAACCAGUGUACAAAAAAAAAAAAAAAAAAUCCAGGUGUUUGAAGGAGAGCCGCUCCAUUGUGACCGGGAACACCAGCUCCUAAGCCCUGUUGCAGAGGUCUGGUCCUCUAAUGCCUUGUUUCUAUCUUAGUUUCUCUCAGAAGAGGUUGAUAGACUAACCAUUCCUGAUAGCAGAUAGGGUUGGGGCAGGGCUUAGGGAGGGGGCAGGAAUAUUGGGGAAAGAAAAAUAAUCUGAUCAUUCCUCAGUGCUACCCAUUUCUGUCCUGUGUGGGCUGCUUAGCUAGACAGCAGCAGGAGAAUAAAGAACACCGAGAACCGUAACGAAAGCAAAACCUCGCGUGUGCUUUGUCGUGUUUUGUUCCAGGGGAGCAGUUGAUGCGAGCUGUUGUGCACGCUUUCUCCCAGCUCCUUCCCUGCUGGAGAGGAGGAGAUGAGCUGGUUGGAUUGUGGUCUUGGUGCCUUGUAGACAUCUGCACUGGUUAUGCGUUUAGUCCUCUUUGCUAGCUCCCUCCGGCUGGUGGGCUCGCCACAGCCUGGGUGUUUGUCCUUCGCCCUCGGCCCCACCCGCCGUGACUGGAUGCGAAGCGCUCCCGUCCCUCCACCCUAGUCUCGGCACAUUCCUUCCAGAAUGUCCUUACCGUCUGCUUGGGAAGAUGUCGGUGCAAAUGUGAAGAAAAUGGGCAUCGGACUAGACUUCGGUUUGCCACGAGUGGCAGCUGCCGAUACAGUUACACUUAUUAAUUUUGCUCUUCAUUCUCUCUGGUUCCCUUCAGCCCCCCCUCUGUUGAACUGUUGACAUUUUAGCUGUCAGAGGUGACUAUAAUACUGCCCUAGGGACUUGUGGAGAAAGGGCGGGGAAUUGCUCAGUAUAGUGUUUUAACUUUCAGAACCAAGCAGUCUAUUUACUCUUCCUAUUUAAGAAGCGUGUUAGUCCGACCUUAAGAGAAAUCCAAACUCCAUCAGCUUUCGAUAGCGUCUUGGUUUUGGAAACAUCUUCAAUCUGUAAUUGGCAUUCAGAAUGCCUUUGGCAUGCCAGUCUGUGUGAUGGCAUUAAAGACCUGUUAAAACACUUGAGCCCGACUUUAUUAACCAAAACUGAUACCACCACCUUUAUCUUCUAAAUAAAGUCCGCUUUAUUUUUAUUUUCAA